UUAAAAUUGUAUUGUUUUUAAUAAUUUAUUGUAUGAAGUGUAUAAUAUUUGUUUUCUAAUGUUUUAUAAUAUAUAGGUAUUUUUUUUUUUAUUGAUUAAAUGAUUUCUCGUAAUGCAUUUUGGUUUACUUUAUAUUUGUUUAUUAUAGGUAUCUGUAACUAACUUAGUACUCUGUAGUAGCUAAUAAGCUUAAGAAUUGUAGUAUGGCUAAAAUUCUUUAUGAAUUGGAAGAUGAAUUUGAAUAUUGUAAGAUAUAUUAAAUUAUGUAUAGGUACAUAUAAUAUACAUUUAAAAAAAUUUAAUUUCUGUUUAGGGAGUGGUAAACAUUCAGUUAAAGCAAGGCGAAAAAAACCAAAAAGAAAACACAUUGGAAAAGGUAAAUGUAUUUUACAUAAUUUAUUACUAAUUAUGCUAACUAUAAUAUAAUAUAAGUAGAUGUCAAUUAUAAAUAUUAUAGGUCUUAUUGUAUUUCUUUAUUUUGUGUUGGAGGAGAACUUUAGUUUGAUCAAAUAUGAUUAAAAUUAUCAAUACUGAAAUAUAGGUUUGUCAAAAACUGAUCGCUUACAAAAACAUAAAUAAAAUUCUGGUGCAUUUUAUUGAUACAAAUUUCAAAAUAAAAUAUUUUGUUUUACUGAAAUUUUGAGUAAUUUUAAUUUGUUAUAAUAUUUAUAUAUAUAUAUUUUAUUUUAUAUACAAUAAUUGUAUAUUUGUUCCCAGUUUUAAAUUAGUAAAAUUAAAUACAAUACCUAUUAAGAAAAAUAUUUACAAUGAAUACAAUAGGAGGUACCUAUAUAAUAUUGAGAAAAAUACAAAUUAGCUAAUACUUACAAUAAGGAAAGGUCUACUUUGAAAAUAGAGGUACAGAGAGGUUUAUUAAGACCAUAAUAUUAGCUGAGGAAAAAGAAAGCAAAAAAGUGCAAACUGAAGUGAAGAACGAAGAGGUACAUUAAAAAUCAUUAUUGAAAGUAAAUAAGGUGAAUUAAUUUUUUCAUGUAAUAAUUAACUAAAAAACUGAAAUUACUAGCAUGCUUAUUGUUGGCCAAUGUGUUCAGCCUGAGAAACUGAAAUACAGUUGCAUAAAUAGCGUUGAAUAUUAUUGUGUAUUUGAGUAUUAUGUUGUCUCUAAAACCGUUUAUCCAAAGUAUUUUUUUUUCUAAUUUAAAAAAUGUAUUAUACAAUUUAUUUUUUUAAAAGUAUAACCAAAUAUUUAUUUAUGGUCCCAAAAUGAUAUUAAAUAUAAAAAAUAUUAAUUUAAGACAACUUGUUUUUUAUGUUUUCUUAAAAUUGUGAUUUGAACAAUUUUUUUAUAAAAUUGUCAAUUGAUAUAAUUAUUGAUUAAAAUUUUGGGGUAUUUUGGAAAUAUUAUUCAUAUUGGGUAUACAUAACAUUAUUUCAAUGUUUUUAUUUUCUUUAGAUGUGCAUUUUAUAUGGUAUUUACACCCAAUUACGCACUUUUUAUUUCUGUAAAAUUUGAUGUUUAUUGUAUGUAACUUAUUUUUGAGGUACUAUGUUGUACUAUUAUAACAAUGAUGAUUUCUUAUUCUUUGGUUAUUAUUGAAAUCCUGAAUUUUAUCUUAUUAAUCAAUACUAAUUAGACUCAAGAUUUUAGUAAUUCAUUUCUUAAUUAUUAUAAUUUUGGUCUGUUACUAUUAUGCCUGUAUUGUGCAUAUUUUAUGAGCAAUACACUAAUAAUAUUACUCGGUUAAUUUUAAUAUGAAAUUGUUAAAAUUGUAUUCAUUUAUUAUUUUUAUUGAUAUUAAAAUAAUUGAUAUGUACCUAACGCUAAUUGUUAUUUACAAAACUAUAUAUUUUACAUCAUUUACUAACACUAUAUAUACCUAUGUAUGUUUUAUGUAAGUAAAUCAUUUAAAUUGUUUUUCAUUUAACUAAGUGAAUUAAUAACAUAAUGUUUCAGAUUUAAGUGUAGGUUUCUAUCUGGUUAUGUUUUUUUUCAUUUUUUUAAUAAUUCAAAUAUCAGAAAAUAAAAAUGUGAAAAAAGGGAAGUAUGUUACAACCAUGAUAGAUACAAAAUGGAGUAUGGUGCCCCUCGUUUUGGAAAUGGCAGAGUAUAUGGCUGAAGAAAGCCGCCAUAAUUUAUGGUCUUUUGUUGAUAGUAUAUCAGAAAUGAAUCCAACUCUAAGUAAACUUGGUUGGUAUAAUAAAUCUAUGUCAAUUUAAUUCAAAUUAAAAAAUAAAUAUUAUAUUAUAUUGUAGAUAAUGACCAAAUAAAAUACCAGGCUGCAUUAUCUAAAGCUGAGUUAUUAUUAUCCAAGUCUAAAUUAAGAUUAUUAAAAUUUGCUCUAUCCAUGCAUAUUUAUUCACCACGUAUUGAAAUGUAUGCACAAAUGGCUGCUGACCGAGGAGUGAAGUGUUCUACAUCUGUAGAAAUCAAUGGGGAACUUAUAUGUUCAGUUGAGAAGUUAGAUCAAGUUUUGAAACAAAUAAUUGUUAGUAUCUAAUAAAAAGUUUUUAUAUGCAUUAACUAUUUUUAACAUAAAUACAUUGUAUAGGCUGAAGGUAUUAAAAUACCCUGUGAAACAUAUCAUAUUGAUCAUCAUCACCCUUCUUCUAAAAAUAAAAGCAAUGUAGCAAUUUUGUAUGGUGAACUAGGAACAGCAGAAUUUGCUGUUUUUCAUCAUGUUUUGAAAAAAUAUGCUCAAGAAGGAUCUAUUGAUUACGUAUUACGUCAUUUUGUUAAAGUAAUUAUUUAAUACAUAUAUUUAAAUUAUGAUUUUAUAUUAUUUAUUGAUAAUUGUGUGAAUCUAUAUUUGUACAGGAUAAAAGUGAACAGAAGGUUCGUCUUUCUGGUUAUGGUGUAGAAUUACAUAUGAAAUCAACUGAAUAUAAAGCUGAAGAUGAUAGUGUAGUUAAGGAUAAAAAUGAUAUGAAUAUAAAUGAACUAGAAGAAGAUACUUCAGAAAUUGAAGGAUUUGAUUUCAAACGUCUUGUGUAAUUUUUAUUCACUAACUAAGUGUUUAUUGUUUACUGAUAAUCAAUUGUGGUUUUUAUUUUAAUUUAGUGAGUUGUACCCAGAUAAAAAACAAGAUUUAAUAAAAUUUAGAGCUCAUUUGUCUGAAGUUAGUGGUGAGUUGGCUCCGCUCAAAGCAUGGCAAUUUCAAGAGUUAAGUUUACAAGCAGCACAAAGAAUUAUGAGUGGGCCACCCCAAGACGCUAUUCAGACUUUUAUUCAUAUCGCUCAAAAUUUUCCUACUCAAGUAAUUUCAAAAUGAUAAAAAUUAAAAAUUGUAUAUUCAUAGUUAAUUUCAAUUAGGCUAGGUCACUGGCUAAUGUUAAAGUUAGCAAUGAACUAAGAGCUGAAGUCUCUAAAAAUCAAGAUAGUUUUUCAAUGGGAUUGAAUUUGCAACCUAGUGAUACUGUGUUGUUAUUAAAUGGGAUGUAUUUUGAUAUAGAUAUAACUGAUAUGUCAACAAUUUUAGACUCAAUUACUCAAGAAUUGGGUAUAAUGGAAGGAUUAUAUUCUAUAGGUAAUUCUUAUUUUGAGUAUUCAUUAAAAAAAAUCCAAAAUAAAUUAAAAUUAUUUGUUUUUUUAGGAAUAAAAGAUAAAAAAGCAAUUACUUCUAUGUUGGCAUUAGAUUUGGGUGGUGCAAAAGGAAAAUCUUAUGCUAUAGAUAUUAGAGAUUCUUCGAUUCAAUGGAUUAAUGACUUAGAAACUGAUGCUACAUAUAAAAGGUGGCCUGCAUCAGUUGACGAUCUACUUAGACCAACAUUUCCUGGCAUGUUACGAAGUAUUCGUCGUAAUCUGUAUAACCUUGUAGUUGUUUGUGAUCCUGCAUCUAAAUCUUCUUGGCCUUUACUAAAACUAACAGACUCAUUUUUAAGUCAUCAAAGUCCUUUAAGAGUUGGAAUUGUGUUUAAUGUUUCACCAAAACCUGCUAUUGGAUUAAAUGAUGCUAGUGUAGCCUUUUUGAAUGCUUAUAAUUAUAUUGUUGAACAAACAUCAAAACCAUUAGUUGCAUUUAAUUUUAUAACAAAUAUAUAUACAUCAAUUAGAGAAGACAGAGAUGCUAUUGUUGACGAUGUUUUGAAAGCGUUUAAAAAACAGUAUCCUAAAGCUCCCAUUAAUGAAAUAUUUGGAGAAGAAAGUGAUUAUGACACUGCUCGUAUACUAGCAGAAGAGUAUGUAUCUAAAAUAGGAUUUCGAAAAUUACCUCAAGUAUUACUUAAUGGAGUUCCAUUAAAAGAAAAAUCUCUAGUGGAAGAAGACUUUGAAGAAGCAGUUUUAGUUGAAUUAGUAACUCAAACUCAGACUUUACAAAAAGCUGUUUAUAAAAGAGAUCUGACUGAUGCAGAUAAUGUUGUAGAUUGGAUAAUGACACGACCAAACGUAAUGCCAAGGUAAUUUACUAUGAAAUGAUUAUAAGUACUUAUUAUUUGAAUUCAAUGCAAAUAUUUAUAAUUUUUUUAGGCUUAAUUCACGAGUGCUCAAUUCAGACUCUAGUAAAAAUUUGCAAUUAAACAAUCAACAUGAAUUUAUUUUUAAGGCAAUGAAUUACAUUACUUUUACUAAGAAAUCUAGUAUUAAUCCAAUUACACAUUGGAUUGUUGGAGAUUUUUCUAAAUUAUCUUCAUUCAAAUUGAUUAAAAACACUUUUGAACAUUUGGUAAGUAAAUAUAAAUCAUUUUCAUUUAAUAAUUUAAUAUUCCAUUUUUAAGUGUCAUAUCUUGUAAGAAACUUCUUUGUUUAAAAAUAUAAUAAAUUAAUAGUGAUUAAUUAAAGUAAUGUACGAAAGAAAUUAUAGGAACAAAUAGUCUGAUAAUAAUUAUGGACUGUUAAAAAAAAAAAAAAUCCUUUAUUCAUUUAUGUUCAUCCUAUUUAAAAUAUACAGGUAAAAAAUUGAACAAUAUAUACUAUUUUAUAAUAGUUCUUCAAACAUCUUCGACUUUAAACCAUUUUCAUUGCAUUAAGUAAGUAUUUUUACAUAUUUCAAAUCUAAAACAUUCAAUGUCUUAUUUAAUUGUACGCAAAAUUACAUUCAAUAUUUUAGUUAAUAAAACUUAUUUGUAUUCCUUCAAAACAUGAGCUCCAGGGUCAAAACCUGACGGAGAUGGCAAUUUGUAUUUUUUUCAUAAAUUAAAACCAUGUGUGUUGACAUUUAUUAACUCAAUGUAUUCUGAAAACAAUCAAAAACAUUGUCUAAUAUGUUAUUUCACCCUGAAAUAUGCUUUUUGUAUAUUCUAUUCUUUAUGGCUAACUUUUUUGUAUUUUGAGUCAUUGACAAAGUAAUCGUCAUGAAAGUCCACUAGUAGAGCUGCUUAGUUUUAAUAAAAACAUGUAGUUGCAUAAAAAUCUGGUCUUUAAUUAUAACUACAUAUAUAAUCCAUAAAAUAUUGAAACAAAUUUUAAAAAAAAUGUUGUCCAAUGAACAAUGUUAUCAUUAAUUACAAACUAUUUUGUGAGCUUCUUAUUAUUUUCUAAUGCUAAAAUCUGUCAAAGAUGUGAGGGGAUGUGGCAUUGUUAAAAUAUGUUUUACUUUUUAGUAAUCUAAGUAAGUCAUAUUGUAAUAGAUUUAAAUCUUAAUUUAUUAUUUAUUAUUAAUCUUUUAUUCAAAAUAGUCUACAUUAACCUUUUGAAUAGGUAAGUUUUAUUUAUUUUGAUGGAAAUAAUUAAUUAAAAAUUAGUAAAAAAUUUUAAAAACUAAAAUUUUAAUUCUAUGAAAUUAUUUUUGAAUUCAAUAUUUUGUACAAUAAAAACAAAACAUAUCUUUGUUAUUAAUUUUGUAUUUUCUGAUAUAAUUAACGUUUGUUUCAUAUUAUGUACUACAUAAUAUAUAAUAUAUAGUUUAUAUAUAAUGUAUUUUCUUUUAUUACAGGAAUCUGAUUCUGAAGCACGUAUUGGAAUUAUUCCUAAUCCAUCAAGUACUGAUGAACAUGUGAUUAAAAUGAACAAAAUUGUUUUUGAGGCUUUUAAGCAAGAAGAUAAAUUGAAAAUAUUAGUCAAGCACUUAUCACAGGCCAUGCAAGCUAAUAAAGAUCACAUUGAAAUAAUUAAUUCAUUACCAGUAAGGUUUAAAUUUUUUAUUUGAAAUAAUCUUAAGUGCUUAAUUAAAUUGCUUAUAGGAAGAAAUACACUUUGAAGUAUCGAAGAUAGAAAUGGAAUCAUUUAAUAACUAUGCUGUAAAGACAUUAAAUUUUAAAAAAGGACAAUGUGGUAUUGUUACUAAUGGACGUAUUUUGGGUCCAUUUGAUGAAGAUGAAGAUUUCUUAAGAGAUGACUUUGCUUUAUUAGAACAACAUACUCUAAAAAGCAGUGUGAACAAAAUUCUUAACAUACUUAAAGAUUCGGGUAUGUUGAACAAUAAACAUUUAUAAAAUAUUUAAAUAAUUAAAUUAAUUGCUUUGUUUUAUAAUAUUAAUUUAUUAUAGAUCUAGUAGAAAUUACAAGUGAUAUGAUAAUGAAAGCAAGUGCCUUAAUUAGUAGCCGUUCUCAAACGAAAAGUCGACAUUCUAUACCUAAUGUUUCUACUAAGCAUAGGUAAAAUAAAAUAGUAAUAUUAAUUAUAUUCAAACAGUUAAUGUACUUUAAAAAAAAAAUUUUUUUUUUCCAUUAAGUGUUAUAAAACUAGCUGCCGCAAAUGAAGAUGAACCAGUUUUUGAAAUCAAUGUUAUGGUAGAUCCUGUAUCUAGGGGUGCUCAAAAGGUUGGAUCAAUUAUUUCUGUAUUAUCCAAUGUAAUCAAUGCCAAUAUAAACGUGUUUUUAAACUGUGUAGAUAAGAAUAGUGAUAUGCCUGUUAAAAGGUAACAAAAUUUAUUUGUUGUAUGCUAUUCUGUGUACUACAUAAUACAUUUUCUUUAUAUUUCAGUUUUUAUCGUUUUGUACUAGAACCUGAAGUCAUUUUUGAUAAAUCGGGCCAUUUAUCCCCUGAUCCAAUUGCCAAAUUUUCUAAUAUGCCUACUAGUCCGUUAUUAACACAAAUAAUUCAUGUACCCGAUAAUUGGUUAGUGGAAUCUGUCGAGUCUCCGUACGAUCUUGAUAAUAUUCGACUCGAAGAUGUUGAAAUGGGUGUUUAUAGGUAUGUCUAAACAUAAAAUUGUGUCUGUGGAUUACAAAUGUUUUAUUUUUAUAUUCAUCUAGUCGGUAUGAACUUGAAUAUCUUCUACUUGAGGGUCAUUGUUAUGAUUCAGUCAACAUGAAUCCACCUAGAGGUCUUCAAAUGACACUGGGAACAGAGUCAAACCCAGUAGUGGUCGAUACAAUAGUUAUGGCCAAUUUGGGUUAUUUUCAAAUGAAAGCAAACCCUGGUGCUUGGAUGUUAAGACUUCGUCAAGGUCCAUCUGCUGAUAUUUAUGAUAUUAUUUCUCAUGAAGGAUCUGACCGAUCGCCCAACAGUAUGGAUAUUAAAGUAUUGAUCAGUUCAUUCCGUUCUCACAUAAUUAAAGUAAAAGUUGCUAAAAAACCUGGAAAGCAGAGUUUAAGCGUAUUGGGUGAUGAUGAUGAUGAUAACAAAGGUCUUUGGAAUUCCAUUGCCAGGUAAAUAAAACAUAUUUUUUACUUCUUUAAUAGGUAGGAGGUACUCUUCUUAUUAUUAAAGUAUAGUGUUUAAUUUUGAUAGUAAUAAAAAAAAAAUGUACCUUUAUAUUAGUUUCAGAUUCUAUAUGGCCUUUUAAAACAUGUAUACAUAAACUUUGUUCAAAAUCGUAUAUUGUUAAUAAUGAUUAAUCUGUACGCUACAAAUAGACAUCAAAUUCCUCACUUUAUCCUAUCUUCCCAACUUUUAUCUACAACAGUGGCCCAUCCAAUGUCCAUGAAUUAUGUCCAUCUUUUUAAAGGUUUUUAUUUAAUUUUAAAUCUUUUCUGUCUGUAUACUUUAUCAUUAUCAACAUUAUUUCUCGAGAAUGGCUAAUUUAGACUUUCAAAAUUGAAAAAAUAUAAUCUAUUAUGAAAUUUAAUAUGAUGUGGGAAGAGGUAACUUACUAGUAAAAAUAAAUGUUUAGUAUUGAAUGUUAAAUCACAUAUUAGGAAUCUUAUGAAUUUUUCUUUCUUUAUCCCAAUAUAAGUUAAAUUUUAUUGUUAUAUGUUCCAUUUACUUUACUCUUCAGUUAUUCUUUUAUGUUUACUUUUCUACCUAUCUUGUUUUUUAUUCUCUAAUAAUUUUUUUUAUUUUUAUAUUAUUCCCAUUGUAAAAGUUGUUUGGGGUUAACUUUCAAAAAUAAAAUAUUAAAAUUAUUUAAUACUUAUAAUAACAGCAUAAUAAACUAGGUAUAAUAUAUUAAUAUUAAUUUAUAUAUUAUGUGUAUAGUUCUUUCAGCUCAGGGUCACCAGAUAAAUCAAUUGAUGAAACUAUCAACAUAUUUUCUGUUGCUUCUGGUCAUUUAUAUGAACGAUUUUUAAGAAUAAUGAUGUUAAGCGUGUUAAAAAAUACUAAAUCUCCAGUAAAAUUCUGGUUCCUUAAAAAUUAUCUUUCUCCCACUUUAAAAGUAUUUAUAUUCAUUUUUAUUUAUUUUUUAGUAUUCAUUUUUUAUUUGAUAAUUGCUAGAAUAAAAAAAUAAUUGUAUUUUUAUUUAGGACUUUCUGCCUAUAAUGGCUAAAGAGUACAAAUUUCAAUAUGAGUUGGUAGAAUAUAAAUGGCCCCGUUGGCUUCAUCAACAAACAGAAAAACAGAGAAUUAUAUGGGGCUAUAAAAUAUUGUUUUUGGAUGUACUUUUUCCAUUGGAUGUCAAAAAAAUUAUAUUUGUCGAUGCUGAUCAAGUAGUCAGGGCUGAUAUGAAGGAAUUAGUCGAUCUUGAUUUAGGUGGGGCCCCAUAUGCAUAUACUCCGUUUUGUGAAAGUCGCAAAGAAAUGGAUGGAUUCAGGUAAAAAUUGUGUAUUUAUUUUAUUUAAAUUGUUUAAAAAUAUAUUAUUGGUUUUAGAUUUUGGAAGCAAGGUUACUGGAAAACACAUUUGCAAGGUCGACGUUAUCAUAUCAGUGCACUAUAUGUUGUGGAUUUGAAACGCUUUAGAAAAGUAGCAGCUGGAGAUAGAUUAAGAGGCCAAUAUCAAGCUCUUAGUCAAGAUCCAAACAGUUUGUCAAAUUUAGACCAGGUAGAAUAGGAUAAAAAUAAUACAUUUUAGAUUUUGAGUAGAGCAAAUAAUGUAUUGGUUUUACAUGAUGUUUAUGUUUUUUUAUUAUUUAUUUUUUUCUAUGAACAACUUUUCUACAAACAAUUUUGCUCCAAUUUUUAAGUAUAGUACUUUUUCUGAAAGGAAAUCUGACUGGGGUGGUUCAUUCAGAUUAUAUUUUGAUUUUCUCAGCUAUUUUCAUAAUAAAUGGAGACAAAUUGGAAAAUGUACGAAAUGUAUAAGUAAACAUUAUUGCCUUUUUUCCCAUGAUAUUGUGAUAUCCAGUGACAGUUUGUGGGUAAAAUAAUUGGUGGUACACGUUUAAAAAAUUGUAUGCAAUAAGUACAGUCAAUUCAAACAACAGGAACUAAAACAAAUAUUUUAUUGAAAUAUGAAUAUAUUUGUAUUUGUUUUAUAUAAGAGGUUCUUAGAUAGAAAUCUACAAUAUAUUUUGGAAUGAUGUUUGUUUUUGUUAUGUUUUAUUGAAUAAUAUUGUUAGAUAUAUAGACCGAAUGUAAACUGGGUCGGUCAGUAUUUUUUUAGAUAAUGUCGCUCGCUGGACAAAUUUAAUAUUAUUCAAAAGAAAUAAUCAGUUCCCUAUGCAUGAUAUUUUCUGUCAUCAGUGGCAGAUGGCUAUAUGGCCACUGGCUUGCAAUAUUCGUUUGUGCACCAACACACCAUGAGUUUAAUGGUAAUUAUACCAGUAGCGGGAAUGAAAUGGUUAAAUGCACAUGUGCAACUAGUGCAAAAAUUGUAUUUGCCUGUCCAUACUCUGUGGCUGCAGGCACUGCAUAUUGUGAACAAUGUAUACCUAUAAUUGCAAUAACAUUAGUUUUUCUUAACUUUUUGCAUUAAAUAUUUCUUUAAUUUUAUAAAAUAAUAGUUAUUCUUGUUUCUAAAAUAAAUCUGAAUGCAUUUCUAUGUAUAUUAUAAUAUUAAUAAUAUAUUUUUUCAUUGUAGUAAAACAGCAAUGUAUUAGUAGUUUUUAAAAUUAUAGGUGGUGCACUGUUCUUGUGCACCAAAGCACGAGCUGAUACUGGUGAUUCCAUUUUUUUUUCAUGUGAGAUAAAAAAUUCUAUGCAAAUAUAAUAUAUAUAGGACUCGAAUAUUUAUGAAAUUUUUUAAUUUGUUUUCUAUUUCAAUUUAAUGUUUAUCUAGAUACCAAUUUGAUUUACGUAUCGGGUGUUGUAUACUGAACAAAAUAACCAUUCCCAUUUGAAAAUAAUUGCAUAUUCUGGAUUCUGUGGAAUCCAGAAAUCUAAAAACAAAUGCUGUAUAUAUGCUUUUUUUUCUGAUUUUGAGAAUAUAUAAAUGCAUAUUACAGAAUAAUAUGGUUUUAAAUCAUUUUUUAUGGUGGAUACUACUGUAUACUUGUGUACUAUUGGGUAAAUUUACUUAAGUGAGGUAUUUUUUUUUUAUUUUCUAAGCAGUUUUCAUAAUUACUGGGAAAAACCAGAACAAAAUAGGAGAAACAGUAAAAUUUACAAAAACAAUUUAAAUUUUAAAUUUUGCUUUCUUGUUGUAAUUUAUUUCAACUUUUUUUCAGAGAGUUGAAAUUCAGGCAGAAAAUCUAUAUUUGUCUUUUCUAGUAAAACUUUCAAAACAUUUGAGCCUUUUUGAGCUAUUUAUAGGAAUUUUAAUUUUUCAAGUUUUUUACGUCAUUUUUAUUUUUGUUAGGUACUUUAUAGAUAAAUUAUUAGACUUAGUAGAAAUGCUUGAAAAUUUAACAGGGGAUUUAUUAUAAGUUGUAAUUUUUGGUCAAUAAAAAGAAGUUAAGUUUUAAUGUAGUAUUUAUUUUUUUUUUUUAAUAAGAAUAUUAAUAUCAAUUGUUAACAAUAUUUGUAAAUAUUAAUAUUACCUUUUAAAACAUGUAUAAUCAAACUCCGCUAAGAAUCGUUUUUCAUUAGCAAUGGUUAAAUGUUGUGUACAGAUAUACAUUAAAUUCCCCUUUAUAUUCUACCAUUUCAACUCCUCACCUACAACAGUAGCUUACCCAUUGUACAAAGUACAGAAAUAUGUUUUUAGUAUAUGAUGAUUUUACUUUCAUUCUAGGAUUUGCCAAACAAUAUGAUUCAUCAAGUUGCUAUUAAAAGUUUACCUCAAGAAUGGCUUUGGUGUGAAACCUGGUGUGAUGAUGCUUCAAAAAAAUCUGCCAAAACAAUUGAUCUUGUAAGUCUUAUAAUAAUAACAAAUUGUUAAUGAAUGUAAUUAAAGAUAAAAUGUUAUUAAAUACAUUGAUUUUAGUGUAACAACCCAUUGACUAAAGAAGCUAAAUUAACAGCAGCUAUGAGAAUUGUGAAUGAAUGGAAAGAUUACGAUAAUGAAAUAAAAAGAUUACAAAUAAAGCAAAGCAAGCAUGAAGACGAAGUAUUUCAAGAUGAAACUCAAUCAAAAGGUAAUUUGAUAUACUUAAAAAUAAAAAUAGUGGAUAUACAUCCAUAUAUACAUUAUACUACAUGUAUUAUAGAUACAACAUAAAUAAUUAUUCAUAAGAAUUAUUAUAAUAAAUGAAAAAUUAUUUUUAGAUUCUGAGCGCAUCGAGUAAUUUAUUAGUUAUACUAUGAGUGUAUGAUUUUUUUUCUGUAGAAAACUCUUGCUCUAAUUAAAUAGAUAUUAACUUAAUAGUUUAAUUAACAAAUUAAUGUAAUUGUGGUGUGUAUUAUAAAACUAAAAACUAAAAAUUAAUUUUAGAUUUUGAGCGUAUGGUGGAAGCUAUUGGUUUUACUAAGAUGUUUUUUUCUUUUUUUUUCUAAUCUAAACACGUUUUUUCCUGAUAAACUUGCUUCGAUUUUUAUAAGUAGCAACUUUUCUGAAAACCCAAGUUGUCUAGAUGGUACUUCUAAAGAGUAAAUUUUGAUUUUCGGCGCCAUUUUUAAAAUAAAAGCACUUAAGUGGGGUGGGAUAAAACGUAGGAAAACUUGCAAUUUUAAGAUUUCAUUAUUUUAUAAAAACAUUGACUACAUUUUCUACCAGAAAAAAUGAUUUAAUUGAAAAAUCACAAUACAUCAUUUUUGUUGCCUUUUUGAUUUCUUUUCGAAUGGUAUCAUCACCAAAACUUUUGAGCCACCUUUGAGCUUUAAGAAAUUUAAUGUUUGGGAAUUGUUUGAUGUAAUUCAGUUAUAAAUACAUGUAGAGACUUGAAAUUUGGUAAUAAUACUUUUAUUGGACUUACCUAAACGUGGUAAAAUUUCCAAAAUCAUUAGACAUUUUUUUUUUUAUACUGUAGACCACAUUUAUCCUAGAAAAAUAGAUCAGAUGUAUAAGUGUAGCAUCUUUUCUAAAAGUAAAUUUUAUCUGCUUGGUAAAUACAUAAGUCAUUUAUUGAUUUUCGAAACGGUAUUUAAAAUAAAAAGGAUUAAUCAAGAAAAAAAAAUACAAUUUUUUCACGAUUUUGUUAUUUUAAAUAAGUAACACGUUUUCUAAAACAAAUAUGGCCCCAAUUGAAAAAUUUGUUGAAUUAUUAAUCUUCUUUUUAAUGAUGCAGUCCGUUUUUUUCGAUUUUCAAAUUAGUUUUCAUAAUAAUUGGGAAAACAUAUUGGAAGGUUUGGUUAAAAAAAAUUACGGUACUUCAAAUUAUGUAUUACCGAAUUGCGCUUGGAAUCGUUUUUCGUCAGCAAUGGUUUAUCAUUGCUUACAGAUAUAAAUUAAAUAACUUUAUGUAUCCUACCUUUCCCACUACCCUCCUACAAUAGUGGCAGCACUCAUUCCCAGUAUUAGCUCUUUUUUUUCACAGUUAAAUUUAGUUAUUUUUCAAAUAAUCUUAUUAGUACUUUUAUGUAAUGGUGUUAAAAAAAUGUUUGAAAUGAAAUUGUUUUAUUAUAAUUAUUGGUAUGUAUUAUUUUAAAGUCAUAUUUUGAUUUCAUUUUUUAUACUCCAUCAAAUACUUUGAAAUUAAAUGGUAAAUUUGAUUUUUUUUUUUAAUAAAAUAAAUUAUUAAAUUGCUUUUCAAAAUGUUUACUAAACUGUUGUUUUCAUAAAUUUAAAAACUAUAAUUUCAUAUUUUUUAACACUAUAGUAUAUGAUAUUAAAUUUGUUUACCAUACCACUAUUUACUAAACAAUUUCAUAAAUAAUGAUUCUUUUAAAAUACUACACAUGAAUCUUUAUUUCAAAAUUUUUAAUUAUUUUUAUUUCUUUGUUUUUUUUUUUAACAUUAAAAUAUCCUUGUUUGAUUUUUAUAAAACCUAUCACAUUUGAAUAGUGUAACAUUUGUUCAAAGUAUAAUUCGUUUUUAUUUUUUAGAACCAGAAGUGCACACAGAGUUAUAAUGGAUUUUAUUUGAAAACUGUAAAAAUUCAAAUGAUCUCCAGUUUCAUAAUGGUAAUGUGCCGAUAUAUUUUACUAUUUUCAAACCAACAUUUUAUUGUUUCAUUAUUUUUUCAUUGUUGGUUUGUUUUUUAAUUGUAUAAUUAUUUGUUCAAUAACAAUUUAUUUAAUAAAGAUAAUACAUUUAUUUUAACUGUUCAAAUCUGUCCAGUUGUAUUUUUAAUUAUUAAUUGUAUGAUGUUUAUAUUUAUAAAAAAAAUACACUUGAUGAAUAAAUAAAUGCAUUGUUAUAAUUAAUUACAAAUUUGCCUCUUUACUAGGCUAGUACAGUUUUGACAAUUGACAUAACAGCACCAAUGGUAUUUGCAUUGACAACGUUCGGUCUGUUCAAUAAUUUGAGUAGUAUAACCUCGACCACAGCACAUGGUAAGACAAUUUUCAUUCCCGAUUAUUGUGGUGUUACAUUUUCUAUAAACAAAAAAAAAAAUUAUAAAAAAAAAGUUAAUUUUUAAAAUGAUCAGGAAUAUCUCAAUUUGUUAUAUUCCGCACCUGCCAACUGUUCCGUAACUGCCUACUCUUGGAUCGUAAUUACAAUAAUCUGAAGAUUCAGUAAUGUAAACUAAUGAAUUUUCGGUGUGUUUAGGUAUUCCGGACUGUAUGACUUGAACCAUUCCCACUUUAACUGGUGAUUCAGGUGAUUUGUUGUAUAAUUUUAACAACUUAACACCCACCGUGAUGAAUUUGUUUGGUAAACCCCUCCAACAAGUUUUUACAUUGCACGAUCCUGACAUACCGUGACACUUGCAAUGGGUCUUCAUACUUGACAUGACUAUCUAGAGAGAGUAAAAGUUGUUGAAACUAAAAACACAAUCCUUUUACAAAAAUAUAUUU